AUGGCUCGACGUGAUUGUCUUGUGUUAUUUUUCCUUGUGAUGACCUUCUGUGUCUGCAACUCCUUUUGGAUGGACCACAAAGACAGACAUAUGCCCCCUCCUGUGGUGUCCUUCUUGGAAAAGUUAGGGGGCCUUUCAAAGCAGAGACUUAUCAGAGAUGAGGGAAAUGCUGACAAUCAUGCUAUGGAAGAGUCUAAAUAUAAUUCAAAUGCAGAGAACUUCAAAGAUAACAGCCAGAACAUGCUAAGCUACCAUAGAGAGAAACGGUAUGCUCCAUCAGUCAAUGCCCGUGGCUGUCACUUAGGCACUUGUCAGAUCCAGAAUUUAGCCAACAUGCUGUAUCGCCUUGGAAAGAACAACUACAAAGAUGGCUCCAACAGAGACACCAAGGAUCCAUUAGGAUAUGGUAGAAGGCGCCGCCGAUCCUUGGUUUACAGUAAAGACAGGACUGAUUCAAAUAACAUUUUACAGACCACAUAG